UGUCGCUGGUUGUCAUAAAUUAUCUACGUCAUCUCCAGAUGUUUGUAGAUGAGAUUUUUAUAAGUGGUUUUGGUGAAGCUUUAAUUUUGUUCUGUUUUGUCUAAUUUGUAUAAAUUGAGGUUAAUUUUAGAUCAUAGAAAUGACUCUGAUCGAAGGUGUAGGAGAUGAAGUAACAGAUUUUUGCAUUGUUGUGGUUGUGCUCUUAGUAGGAUGGCUUGCCUGGUAUUCCACAAGUAUUACAGAUCAACCAUUAAUACGCACAGUACUUGUAAUACAUCGAACACGCACACGUCUUGCUGAACUUAGAGCUACUCAUCAAAAUGCAAGCUCAUUUACACGACCUCCAAAUUUGGAGGUAACCGAAGAAGAAACUAUAGAACCAAUUACAGAUGAUGGUAAUAGCACUUCACAAAGUUGUCCUGAACCAUCUAUUGCAGACACAAAUGGAGAAAUUUCUCCUGACACACAUAGAAUGUCUGAAGCAACAGCUACAGAGGAAGUACUUAUUGAAGCUAUGGAUUCAUUUAAUGAUAGUGCAACAAAGUUGAAAAAACAAACCAAAAUAAACGCUCCUAAAGAGACAAGUAUAUCAACAUCAACGUGUAAUGAACCCAUAGAACAUGAAUGUGAAAAUCUUUCAGACACUAAUGAAAUUAGCAUAAAACUAAAGUUUAUAAACGAUGAUCAAAAAAUGGUUACUGGUAGCCUGAAAGAAUUACUUGGGGAUUUUAAGAGGAGACAUUUUCAAACGGAGCUUGAUGCACAAAAAUUAGUGCGUUUAGUUUUUAAUGGUCGAGUAUUGCAACCUGAUAGUCAAACAUUGGAAAAAUGUGGCUUGUAUAACAAUUGUGUAGUUCAUUGUUUGGUUCAUCAACCACGACCAAAUCCUGUACCAUCUCAAGCAUCAACAUUAGAUAAUUCGUCAUCAAUAUAUUUUAAUCCUCAAUCAUUUCCUGAGAUUCCUGUUGGUACAGGAAUUAGUUCAGUACAUAACGAAUGGGAUUUGAGUAGACCAUUAGUGAUCAUUUUGACUGUCAUGUUAGGUUUUGCUUGGUAUUCCCGAUACCAUUAUGCUCAAUUUUUUACUGCGAGUAUUACACUCGCAUUGUAUGCCCUCACUGCAAUUUUCGCAAUUGUAACAUCAUUUGAACACAUUGGUUCCUGACAUCAAGAAGAACAUGAAGAGUUAUUGUGAUUUUUAACAAUGUAUAAAAGAAUUCACAUGAAUAAGAGGUGAGGUAUACUUAGAUAGUAUGGUUGCAUUUCAAAUUUGAAAUCAAUUUAUGUGCAUUAAGCUCAAUAUUUUUAUUUAUAUAUUUAAUUUAAUAAGAAAAUUUCUUUGGGUUUAUAUAAAAUAUCACAAUUAUAAAUGGAAAUAUACAUAUAACAUUAAAUAAAUUUGGACGAUUAGUAUUUUACUAACUAUUAUUUUACUAACUGUUCAUUUAAAUAGACAUAUUUAUGAAAUUAAUUUUCGAUAAAUGUUAUUGAACUGUUGAAUUAGUCAUAAUAAAUAUUAUAAACGAUAAUUGCAAUGGCACUAUAUCAUUUUGAACGCAAAAUUUAUUAUAUACUUAUACAUUCGUUAUAUUUUUUAUUGAAUUUAAAAUUUACAUUACCUAUAUGUGACUUAAACUUGAAUAUGCUUUGUAACUAUUAUAAAUUACAGUUAUUAGAACAAAAUCAUUAUACUUUUAUAAUCUUCCAAAACUUCUAACAUUAGAAUGAAAAUUACCUGUAAUGAUAACAUUUUUUAAGUACCAUUACGUGAAUUGUUAAAAAAAAAAUUAAAGUCAUUAACAGUGUGUACAUACAUAACUCAUAAUGUAAUAAGCAAUCAUAAUUGUAACUUAUUAGAAGAUACACUUCAUAUUACUUCCAGAAAAAAAAAUUCGUUACUUUUUCGGACAAUGAUGUCAUUGAAGAUAGUGAUUUAUCGUUACUUUUGCAAUACACUGUACUAUAGUAGUUUAUAGAAAAAUCAAAUUAUGUGGUACUAUCACGAUUUUUAUUAAAUGCGAAAUAAAUAGUUA